GUAAUUAUACUUUAAUUAAAUGCUGUAUUGGAAAAGAGAAGACAAAGACCCAAAUUUGAGGUUUCUCGUGACGGAUGGAUCACAAUUUACUCAUAUACUAUUUGAACCCCCCAAACAAAAGUUUACUUAGAUAUCACUGCUGGUUAAGCUCUUCCCCCUUGCAAUCCAACCAUAAAAGAUUUCUUUUUAAACUUUUAUCACACUUCUUAGUUGGUCAUUUCUCAGUUCCCCACAGAUUUGAGUGAUCCAAGCAGUAAAAUCAAGUUCUUUUUAAAAGGAAGAGUUUAAAGUUGUCGCAGCCUUUUAAUCUGUCUUUGAUCAUUGUUCUUAAGACUAGUUGCAUAUUGUGGCCAUGGAAUCUUGGGACCACUAACAAAGUAAUUUGCUUUUUGUCUGAUUUUAUUUCAUUGUGGACUAAGAGUCUAUUUUUUAGCCGAGGUAUGGUCUUUUAAUGUUUUUUAAUUUAUUGCUUUUCUUUAGUUUUUCCUGACAUUUUGGUUUAUUGGUUAAUAAAUUCAGCAAUGGAAUCCAUCUGCAUAUCGCUAAAGGCUACUGCAACCGCCAGUCCGGUUAAUAUCAGCCAAGGUCGUAGUAAUGGAGGCACUGUUUUCUGGGGUGAGACUAUUAGAGGAGGUUGGGAUUUUGGAACACAGUUAUCGAAGAGUUUGAGAGCUGAAAAUGGUGUCAAAAAAGCUAAACCGGGCGUUGCUUACUCUAUUAUCACCCCAGAAAUUAACAAGGAGACAAUGAAAUUUGAGACACCAAAGUUUGAGGCUCCACAAGCAGACCCAAAGAAUGUGGCUUCCAUCAUACUGGGCGGCGGUGCUGGGACGCGCCUCUUCCCUCUUACUAGCCAAAGAGCCAAGCCAGCCGUUCCAAUUGGAGGGUGUUACAGGCUGAUUGAUAUUCCAAUGAGCAACUGUAUCAACAGUGGGAUAAAGAAGAUAUUUAUCUUAACUCAGUUUAACUCCUUCUCCCUCAAUCGUCACUUAGCUCGUACUUACAACUUUGGGAAUGGUGUAAAUUUUGGAGAUGGUUUGGUUGAGGUUCUGGCGGCCACUCAAACACCAGGAGAAGCUGGGAAGAAGUGGUUCCAAGGAACUGCUGAUGCUGUGAGGCAAUUUGUGUGGGUUUUUGAGGAUGCCAAAGCCAAGGAUGUGGAGCAUGUAUUGAUAUUGUCCGGAGAUCAUCUUUACCGAGCAGACUAUAUGGAUUUUGUUCAGAAGCAUAUUGACUCAAAUGCUGAUAUCACAGUCUCAUGUUUACCAAUGGACGACAGCCGUGCAUCGGAUUAUGGAUUGAUGAAGAUAGAUGGAACAGGACGAAUUGUCCAGUUUGCCGAGAAACCAAAGGGCCCUAAUCUUAAAGCAAUGCAAGUUGAUACCUCCAUAUUAGGACUAUCAGCUCAAGAUGCUGCAAGAUAUCCGUACAUUGCAUCAAUGGGUGUGUAUGUGUUUAAAACUAGUGUCUUGUUAAAGCUUCUAACUCGAAGCUAUCCCUCAUGCAAUGAUUUUGGCUCUGAGAUUAUUCCGUCUGCUGUGAAGGAACACAAAGUCCAGGCAUAUUUGUUCAAUGACUAUUGGGAAGACAUUGGAACAAUAAAAUCUUUCUUUGAUGCUAAUUUAGCGCUCACAGAACAGCCACCAAAGUUUGAAUUUUAUGAUCCAAAGACACCUUUCUAUACAUCUCCAAGAUUCUUGCCUCCUACCAAAGUUGAUGAAUGCAAGAUUGUUGACUCCAUAAUUUCACAUGGUUGUUUCUUGCGAGAAUGUAGUGUUCAACACUCUAUAGUCGGUGUGCGCUCACGUUUGGAGUCCGGCGUUGAUCUUCAGGAUACCAUGAUGAUGGGAGCAGACUACUACCAAACCGAGUCCGAAAUAGCAUCUCUGCUAGCAGAAGGGAAGGUUCCUAUUGGUGUCGGACAGAAUACCAAGAUCAAGAAUUGCAUAAUUGACAAGAAUGCCAAGAUAGGAAAAGAUGUAAUCAUAUCAAACACUGAUGCUGUUGAAGAAGCUGAGAGACCAGAAGAUGGGUUUUACAUUAGGUCUGGGAUCACAGUGAUAAUGAAGAAUGCAACCAUCCGAGAUGGAACUGUCAUAUAAAACAUUUUAACUUUGAAUCCUUCCAGAGGCUGAUUCUGUUCUGUGCUGAACCGGUGAUGGAAAGCCGAGUCCAAGGGAAAAAUAUAUCUAGGACUUUAUGCUUAUGUAAAAUUCUGAAGUUCCUAUGUACUUUUCAACUAAGUUCAAACACCAUUUGUUUUAUUCGUCUCUUAGUAGCACAAACACAAGCUUACAGCAGAAAAUAAGCUGGUUCAUCAGAUUAGUACACAAUCACAGAAUGUAUCACUCUUUAGUUAAGAACAACUCAUUUUUAGAAGAGUUCAUCUAAUUGUAAACCCUAAAUAAAUAAAUAAAAAACUAGGACAUCAUCUUGAAA